AUGAGCAACGCUGAGAUAAUUGCUUCUACUAAUCUUAUAAUUCUGCUAGAGGAUGAAGUCUUUGCUGACUUUUUCAACACAUUUCUUUCUCUUCCGGUUUUUGGUCAAACACCAAUUUAUAUGGUUGAAAAUUCGCAGUGGAGCUUGUGGCCAGAAAUUCCUUAUGACACAGUUGCCAAGUACAAAGGAUUAUUGACCUGGUUGGAAAAAUACCGGUUACCUUUCUUCUGUAAAACAAACUUGUGUUUCCAUUAUAUUCUCUGUCAGGAGCUUAUCAGUUUUAUUAAAUCCCCAGAAGGAGCCAAAAUGAUGAGAUGGAAAAAGGCAGACCAGUGGCUACUGGAGAAGUGCAUUGGCGGGGUCAGAGGGAUAUGGCGCUUCUGUUCCUACCUCAAGAACAGUGCAGGGGAAGACUUGGUGGAUUUCUGGAUCCUUGCUGAGAAGAUCUUGAGCAUAGAUGAGACGGACCUUGAAGUGAGAGACUACUACCUGUCCCUGCUUCUUGUGCUGAAGGCCACCCAUCUUCAGGAGGGUUCCAGGGUGGUGACACUCUGCAGAAUGAACAUAAAGUCCCUCUUGAACCUCUCCAUCUGGCAUCCUAACCAGACCACAUCCAGGAGGGAGAUCCUAAGCCACAUGCAAAAGGUGGCUUUGUUCAAACUCCAGAGUUAUUGGCUUCCCAACUUUUACACCCAUGCCAAAAUGGCCAUGGCCAAGGAGGAAGCAUGCCAAGGUCUGAUGCAGGAAUAUGAGACUCGCCUGUGCAGUAUUUGCUGCUCCCACACAGGGGGACUCCCUCUGAACAUGACCAUCAAGAAGAAUGACCACUUUCAGAAGGAGUACUCGAGCAGGAAAACCAAGAGGAAGAUGUGGCAGUUGAUAGAUCCUGGAUCUUGGUUUCUGGAAAUGGACUCUGAGCCAGAUACCAACAUUAUGCCCCCACAGGAGCUGUGUCCUCAAGAAAAGGUGGUUAAACAAAUGCCUCCCCUGAAAGUGGAUUCUUCAAAGGAGAAAAUAUUCAAUCCCCCGGAAAAGCAUAGUCGCUCUGUCAGGAAGUUGAGCAUGAAGAAGAAAGCCAAGAGUCACCUCCAUAUGGAGGGCCUCUUUGAGACAAGGUUCACUACUCACCUGAGGAUUGCCACUCCCAUCACACAUUACUCCUCCCAGAUAACUAUGAAGAAGGCCAGCAAGCAAAGCCUCUCCAUCGGGUAUACCCACUGGGCCUUGUGUGCUGAUGCUUAUGCAGGGAGUCCUUUCCGGAGCCACCUGAAAAAACAGAAUUUGAAAGUGGAGACCCAACUUCUGGACCUCUGGCAGGACCUACACCAUUUUCUCGGUGUCCUGAUGAACAACAGAAAGAAUGGGAAUGCCGUAUUUCGUCACAUGCUGGGUAACAGAAUUUGUGAGCUCUACCUGAGCGAGCAGAUUGGUCCACCCUUACCACUCAAAUCCCAGAUCAUCCAGGGCCUAAAGGAAUUGCUGCCUUAUGGGAAUGUGAACCCCUGGAUUCCCAAAGCCCAGGAGGAAAUCUGCAAGAUCCUUAGGCCCAGGUAUGAUGAAUUCCUGAAUGAAGAGGACUACUGGUUUCUUUCUUUUACAACUCAGAACAGGCCAAUCAGUACCCAGUGGCAUAAAAAAGACUCGAUAAGCAAAGAAGAGAACAUUCUUCUUUGUAAGAGGGUUCAGGAAUCUCUGGAGUUAAGCCAUGCUUUGGCUACCACAGAGAAAAUGGAUUCUAUGCAGUGGCAAAAGAUAGCUACUGAAGACCUGAGACAAGGAGGGUCUCUCCAGGUAGAGCUGUCACCACCAAUGUUUCUAGUAGACCUAAGCAAAAUGUCCUUUGAAGAACUCUGCUGCAAGAAUCCAAAAAUGGCCAUAGAGAAGAUAAGUGAUGACUAUAAAGCAUAUUGUGAGAGAGCACCUCAUAUAGAUUAUCCAGUAGAAAUUGUCAAGGAACCAAAAGUAGUACGUUUACCCUCACCAAGAAAAAUGUCUGUCUUCAAAAAAAGUGGUCUAAGAAAGCCUUCAAUGAGACCCAGAAACAUGACAGAAGUCCUCCUAAAUACACAGCACGUGGAGUACUUCCGGGAGUUCCUCAAAGAACGGAAGGCUGAAAGCCCAUUGGACUUCUUGGUAGCCGUACAGAAGAUUGUCAUAGAAACCAAUGACAAAUCUUAUAAGUCUCUUGUGGAAAAUUUACUCAAGACUUUUUUCCACAAUGAUAUCUCUCCUGAGGAAAUACUGCAGUGUGAUGCCCCGCUUAUCAAAGAAAUCGCAAACAUGCGUCAUGUCAGUACAACCAUGUUGUUAAUGCUGCAGAACUUUAUCAUGAAAUCAGUGGAAGAAAAGUGGUUUAAAGAUUACCAAGAACUGUUUCCACCUCGUCCUCUGGAGAUGGAACCACAAAUUCAACCUUCACCUAGGAAGCCCUCAAAAACAGCAACAACUCACCUGCAGGAAUUCCAGAAGAGAGGCUGGAUGAAAAUGAUCAACUUUAUCAGAAGCUUUUGCAAGUACCGUAGAUUUAUGUCGAAUCCUAGUAAGCGCCAGGAAUUUGAAGACUAUCUUCACAUGGAAAUGCAAAUUAGCAAAGACAAUUUCUCUGUAUCGACCAACACGUCAGGACGUUCAGCCCUUCUAUCCACAAACGUCCGGAGUACAGAACAAGAGAAUGGAGAAAUGACCUUUGUAAAGCGUCGUAUAUAUGGCCACAGGGUUAUCACUGUUAACUUUGCAAUCAAUGACAUAUAUUUCUUUUCUGAAAUGGAGAAAUUUAACGAUUUGGUGAGUUCAGCUCAAAUGCUGUUGGUCAACCGAGCAUACAGUGAGAAUGAUGUGCUUCUAAUGCGAUCCAAAAUCAAUAUUAUCUUAAAGCUCUUCCUGCAUUCUGACAUCCCUCCAAAGCUGAGGGUACUGUUCCUGGAAGGCGACUAG